AUGAUUUUGAUGAUUUUUUAACUUGGUCAAUUUGCUACAGCUAUAACUGCUGAUCCUUCACUUGUUGGGGAGACAUUAGCAAAUCUAUAUGUUUAAACAACAAUCAAAACUUAACUUUCAGCUAAUGAUAAGAUAAGGAUUACAUUACCUUAGCAAAAUGAAGUGUCAAUUACAUAAGGAUCACUUUCAUGUUCAAUAUCAGGAGAUGUACAAUAAGGAAAUCUUGCCUGCAGUGCUUCUGGUUUAGUCAUUUUAAUAACAUUAAAAGCAUCAAUUUCUGCUUUUCAAACUUUCUAAGUCAAUAUACUAGGAAGUUUUAAAACGCCAACUUCUACAGCUGAAACUAGUACUUUUACCUUUGAAACACUCAACAGUGGUGGCACAACAGUUAUUGACAGUUUAUCAUCAGGAAUUACAUUGGGCGUCUAACCAGAUUCCUUUACUAGUGCUUCAAUGACCCAGGUUGACAGUUUUGUUGUAGGAGCAGCAACAUCUGUCACAGUGAGAGUUGAGAUAUAAAAUUAAUUACUUGCUGGAUCUCAAUUAAAAUUAGUCUUUCCAAAAUGGAAUCCAGCAGCAUCUACAACAUAGUUAUUACCAAUGAUAAGCAAUCCAUCAAGUGUUAAAUGCACUUCUAUCUCUAAUGUGAAUUCAAACGCUGCUUGUGUUUUUGAUACGAGCUCAGAUACUCUUACAUUAACGAAUGGAUUUCCAACUGGCUAGGUAUCGGGAACUGUUAUUUAAUUCUAGAUAAGUUCAGUUAGAAACGCUUUAUCUUAUGCCGGAGUAACAAUUUAGAUUAGGUCUCUUAAUCAAGCUGGCACUGGCGUAAUUGAGCAAGGCACGAUAAAAUUUACUCCAACCAGUUCUGCUACAAUACCUGCAGCUCAAGCUACAACUUCUGCUGACAUUACAACUGUCUAAGAAUUGAGCAAUUUUAGAUUAGAAUUCUAAUCACCAGUUCCAUUAAAUGCUGGUACUAUUGUGUCUGUUGUAUUCCCAGUGCAAUUUAGUUUCGAGCAAAGGCUGACUGAAGUUUAAGGAUUCGGUCUUUUUGGAUCAAUCAAAAGCUUAACCUUUUCUUCUGACAACCUAUCAGUCAAGAUUACAUCAGGCAUUGAUUCAUAUAAAGCAGCAGCUGUCCCAGGUGUCUUGAUAUUCAAACAGAUCAGAAAUCCAUUUGAAGUCAAGGCAAGUGACUCAUUUUCAAUUUUUCUAACAGAUGCUAAUGGAUUUUAAAUAGCUUAAGUAAGUGCUGGUAUUACAUUUACACCUACUGCUGGUACUGUUGAUUAGGUUAGCUUAGUACCUACAGUUAAUAGCGUGAAUUCUCAAAGCGAUUUGAUAUUGGCAUUUCAACCUAAGCACGCUUUGAUCUCAUCAAGUUAGAUUUAAGUACAACUACCUACUAAUUUGCAAGUAAAUUGUGAUGGAUUUAAGAAGUCCUCUGCUUUUAGUACUUCAAUUACUUGCACUGAAUCAUCUAAUAAUAUGUUCAUUUUCAAUGGUCCUUUCGCUAGCUCUUCAUAUAGCUAUAGCUCCAGCUAAAUACUGCAAAUUACAUUCGUCAAUAUAGUAAACCCUCUUUCACAACAACCCAUAAAAGGCAUAUCAAUAACUACCUAUUCUCAAGUAAUUGGUAAUGGUGGCAGUUCUAACUUUGUUGUAGAUACUUUUACCGACACAACAACUAAUCUAUAUGGUCUGAUUCCUUCAAUGUUCAUGUCUCAGUCUAUAUCAGCAUCAACUACUCAAACAUUCACUGAUGCCGUCUUGACAUUGAAUAUAAAGCUUGAUAACGGAAUCCCAUUAAAUGGCAAGAUCGUUCUUGUAGUUCCCAGUGAGGUUACCUUAAAUACUAUAUCAUGUGCUGCAAUCACAAAUAUGGAUUCAGCAAUAUCAUGCUCUAAGAAUGGAUAGAAUAUAACAGUUAUUAAUGGCUUCAAAACUAAUGGAGCAGCAGAAUAAGCUACUAUAUCUUUCUCAGUUUCAGGUAUAAGAACGCCUCCUUCCACAUAGACAACUUCAACAUUCAAGAUCUACUCAAUGGACUCCAAUAGCUAUCUCAUUGACCAGGUUCUGUCUCUAGUAACAAUCACUAUGACUCAAGGAAAGUUCUUAGACAAGAUAACUACUUCAACAAGUUCGAAUAUCGUAAGUAGUCAAGCCACAAUGUCUGUAAGUGUUAAGCCACCAUCACCUGUUCAAAACGGAGACAAGAUUUACAUUACGAUUCCAGCAGAAAUAACACCACCCACUAAGCAAACAGUUUCUUGCCAGGGAGCAGAUGCUCUAAAAACAACUUUGACUUGUGAGAUGCUAGGCAACAUUGUAGUUGUCACAGCUGCUUUGGCCACUUCACCAUCAACUGCUAAUUCAGCUAUUAUCACCGUGAGAAUAUUUCCCUGCAACAAUCCUAAAAGCACCAAGAAAUCCUCAGAAUUUGCUUUAGUAAUUAGAGAUAAAAUGGGUUAUUCUAUUGUUGAGUCUGUCUCAGGUAACGGAGGUACAAUUUAGGUUGGCUAACCCUCUACGAUUACUCAAGCAAACUUUACUGCCCUAGAUUUUAGAUAGUUAGCUUAUACAGCUAUCACAAUUAGAAUGAAGACUAACAAUUUUAUUCCAGCUGGAGGUUAUCUCGAGGUAUCUUUUGACAGAAUGUAUUUCCAAGUAAAUAGAGACACCAGCUUCAAGUGUACUUCAAAUCUAGUUAAGAACGAGCUAGUGACUUGUGUCUUUAACAAAGAAGGCUAGUUCUUGGUUUAGGAUUUAUUCCCAGCUGACUAUGUCGGAGGCUCGUUUGUUGAUUUCACCAUCAAUAAUGUCAAUAUAGACGUAACCACUAAAAUGACAACUCCUUCUUGGACAGUCAUAAGCUACACAAAUGAUGGGUAUUAGAUUGAUAAAAUAUCAGAUGGAUUAAGUCUGGUAUUUCCCUGCAAUUCACCUUGUUAAACUUGCCAAACAAAUAGUCCAACCUACUGUCUAAGUUGCAAUGCACUUUCAGGUAAAACGAUUCUAUACAACAACAAAUGCUGGGAUACAUGCCCCAAUAGUUAGUACUACGAUUCAUUUCAAUUCAAGUGCAUGCCUUGCGAUAUAAAAUGCAAAUCUUGCAAUCCUUUGAAUCCCUCUGAGUGUUUGACUUGCAAUCCUCUCUCAGCAGAAUACCCUUUCUUGAGUGGAAAUACUUGCCAGAACACUUGCAGUUUUGGAUUCUAUGGAAAUUCAAGGACGGGAACUUGUGAUAAGUGCACUAGUCCUUGUGCUUCCUGCUCGGGAACUCCUAAUAACUGCACAAGCUGUGAGUAAUCAUCAAGCUCUAAAUUCUUAAAUGGCACAUAAUGCCUAGCAGCUUGUCCUCCUGGCACAUUUGUAACUGAGGGUAAUGUUUGCUUAAAAUGCGAUAGUACAUGCCUGACUUGCCAAGGUUCAGCUAACUUCUGCACUUCCUGUGCUUCGAACAAAUUAUUAUCUCUUCUUGAAAAUAGUUGUGUAGAUACAUGUCCUUUUGGAAAGACUAUAUAUAAUGCAGCAAAAAAGGAAUGUGAACUGUGCGAUCCCAAAUGCUAAACUUGCGAGACAAAGAAAAGCUUUUGUACUUCAUGCUAAACUGAAUUAAAUCUGAGAUAAAAAUUAGGUGAGUGUGUUGGAGAAUGUUCGACUGAUAAAAAGCAAGUUGGAUUUAAUGGGAUUUGUGUUACUUGUGACUUGACUUGUCUAACUUGUGUUAAUAAUCCAUCCUCAUGCUUGAGUUGUUCGUCUGGGUUAUAUCUCUAUAAUUUCUAAUGUGUAAAAACAUGUCCUCAAGGUUAUGAACCAAAUGAAUUCUCCUAAUGUGUGAUCAAUGGACUAAGAUGUCCGUUCGGGUAAGAAGUUAACCCACUGGGUACUUCUUGUAUUCUGAAAGCAUAGAUUUGUGAAAAUGGCUUUAAGCUAAAUAUAGCUAAAGACAAAUGUAUCCCAGCACAUGGUUACUUUGCUCCUUUCCCAUUAUGCUUUUCUUGUCUAUUCCUAUCAAUGAUAGUUAUUCUCAGUUGGAUCAAAUACAGAAAUACAUUAGUAAUUUCAAACAUCAUAGCAAUAGUUUCUUUAGUUGAGACAAUAGGGAUACUAAUGCUUAUAAUUCUGUCCUACUAAAUAGGAGUCUAUUCUACUUUCGGUCUUGCCCUUGUAGCACUGCUAUUCCUCUAUGGAAGUAACUUAUUCUUUGCAGUAGUUUUCAUGAAGCAGAUACACUAGGAUUCUGCUUUUAAAUAUUGGGGAAUUACUUAUAAAAUAACAAACAAUGUUGUAGUAAUUCUAGGAUCCGUGAUAAACUUCAAGGUAUAUAGAGUGAUUUAUGCUAGAUUUUUUGGCAGAGACAAUUUUAAUGCAUCUUUUGAAGAUCCUGAACACUUCUUCAAGCCCUUUACAUUCAUUUCAGUUUUCUCAGUGGUGACUACAAUGCUUCCAAUCCUAGUAGCCUGUAUUAUUGGACUAGUUUUUGUUGAAUUCGGCUAUUAAGUUCAAAUGACUUGCAUUGAAAUGUUUAUUAUUGAAGUUGCCUUACUAGCUAUGAUGAUAUAUGAAAAGAUAAAGCUUAAGAAAUAUGCUCUUAAGCAAAAUCAAUACUUGAGAGUUGGACCAAAGUUCCUUGAUAACUCUUAGGUGAAUGUGAUGUCUUCAUUGAUGGAUGAUUAAUCAUAGCUCUAUUCUCUAAAACCUUAAUCUCUACACUCAACCACAACUAUGCAAAACACAAGUAUGGAUGGUUCUAAGAACAAGACUUUGAAAACAGAAGAAAAUAUACUUACUAUGACUAGCAAUUACAUCAAAACUGAACUUUACAAGAAUAAGAUAACACCUGAAUUCUAGGAAUACUAUGAAAGAAGAAGACAUUUAGAAAAGCUGAUAUCAUAGAUAUAUUCAAAGGAUGCAACUAUCUCUAAGGGUGAUACACUUGAGCUUAUCACAAAGCUUCAUGAGGAGGAAAUAUUAAGACUUCAGCAUAGAGUCUGCAAGUCCUCAAGAGAUCUUAGGGAGGCUGAUGAUGAUUUUGUAGACAAUGGAGCUGGUGAUCCAGAACUACAAAACUUUAUUAGUGCUCCAGUGAGUCCAAGAGAGAAAGAAAUGCUGAACAACCCAUUCUUUAUGGGUAGACUUGUUGAAUUCAAAAGAGCGAUGAGGCAGAGAGAUUAGUAUGAUAACUGCUAUGCUGAAGGUAAGCCUGCUCACUACUUUCCGCUCAGAGAUACUAAACUAGUCAGUGUUAAAGUGCAAACUAAUUUACUAGAGUUGCUUGCAAUAGAUGAUAUGACAAGAGUGAGAUCUUAAAAUUACAAGAAGAAUGAUGCAUCUGAUGAAGAGUACAUUGAAGAAAAUCUUAAUCCAGACUAUGUCACUGGAUUAAUUGAUGAUGUUUUAGAUUAAUUCCAGGAGCAUUAAUUCACAAAACAAAGAAGAAGAUUACCUAGAAAUAGAUUAGCUUAGAUACCUUACUUUGACUUGACAGAAAUAAUGGGUGAAUUUGAAGUUGAUCCAGAGGGAUUUAGUCUUAUUAUUAAAGGUAAAGAUGGGAAACUGAAUGACAGAGAGGGUAGGAGAGUGAAUAAAAAAGGCUACCUGAUUGACAUCGAGGGGAACAUCAUUUCGAAUAAGGAUGCCAUUAUAUUUAGAGCUGAUGAAAUUGACACAGAUGAUGAGAUUCCUGCUCCGUUUUAUUUUGAGAAAAAAUCAGAGAACAAGUACAAGAUUGAGGAUAUAAACAUAUACAACUAAAAGACAAAGAAAAAGAACUUAAUGGAUUAAGAGGACGAAAUAGAGAAAGAGUAUCGCAAACUAAGAGAGAAAAACACAUCCAAUCAUUCAUCAGUGGAGUCUUUAAUGGGAGAAAACCCUAGAAAAUACAACAAGCAGAACAAGAGAGUCAUGCCAGGUGAUGAGGAUGGCUUUUUGUCUAAGAUUGUUUAGCCAAUGCAAGCCAAAACUAAAACUGAGUUGCUUAGACAGGGAACGGAUCAAGCAAAAACUACAGUAUAAAACUUGUAAUCUUCAUAGAGAACUAAUAGAAAAUAAACAAUUAAUAAUUAAACAGUUUCAAGUGAUGGGGCUGGAGGAUUUAGAACUAAUGAGAAUUCCCCAUCUCGCAUGUAAAUAAUCAAUACAUCUAGUAAAAAUGAGAUGAAAACAUAAAAGAGUUUAAAUCAAUAAGUAUCCAUCGGAGGAUAUGAGACUUCCGUUUAAGAUGACUAAAGUGCAAGAGAUCUAUUUUUUUCAGCCUUAGCUUUCUAAAAUGGAAUUAAUUAGGUUGGUAGCAGAGCACAAGGUGGCGGCAGAAAUAAUCAUAGCACUAUGAUAAGUGGGGUUGGUCAAAGUCUAAGCACUUAUAAUAACAAUAGAGCCAAACCUAAUUAGAGCAUUUACAGUAAUAAUGAAGUAAACCUUUCAGCAAAUAAGGAAAGAUAUAACAAGAUCCAAAUGCUCAAAGAAUCAUUAGGAAAUAGCCAUGAAGAUUAGCAGUUGCUCAAGUAACUUCAAAAGUUUGAGUAAAGUAUCAAUGAUAAAGAUUUGCUAUUUGAAAACAAGAAACCUACUCUUGCAAAGAAAAAUCUAUCAAGAGUUUAUGGAAAGGUGCAGGAUAGACUUUAUGAUCCCUCAUAUAUAAACUAGUCCUCUUCAAUUGCUUUCCCAAAUCAGAAAACAAGAAAUCAAUCACAAAUGAACCUUGAAGACGAUUAUGCGAGAUAAAUGAAACGGCCUUAAGUAUAUGAUACUCGCCUAAAAGAUCUUGAAAAUAUUUACAUCAAAGCAGUCCAUAAUGAUAGGAAAACUGCUUCAUCACUAAAUAAGAAAAGAUAUCAAGGUAAAAUUCAGUCAUAGUCGGCAUGGGAUAUUAAUGUUGGCUUUAAUGCAAACACAAUCAACACCACCAAUCCUGGUACUACUAAGCCUAACAGACUAGGUUUAAACAGCUUUUAGGAUAAUGGUUUGGAAUCAAGUGAUUAAGAUGAGAUGAAAAUAUUGAAAUAAAUUGAUCAGAUGCAAGCAAUAAUUGAUAAAGGACAGAAGGCUAAUGCCAAGUUUGUUAAACCUCCAGCACCUAUCAAUAAAAAGUUAUUUGAUGGUGGAUGGAUAUGA